CCUGACUUGUUGGGGGGUUGGGGGACUUGGAGGGGUAGACAUACUAACUCCGACAGGCGGAGACUUUACCAGGCGUUGCCUUAGUAACUAGUAUGGAUUUCCUCAAGUUGGCAAAUUUGUAUUUACUACUUGGGUUGUAUGUUAGGGUCUCUUAAACCUCUCAAAGCUUUAGUAAAAGGUACACUCCUUCCCGUUCACUUUGAAGUACUGCUUCCACCUUCAUAAUGAGUUUCCAAAUUUCUUCUGGGAAAAGUUGAUGUUUUCAAAUCCGGAAAGUUCUCUUAGGUUGGAAGACUUAGUGCCUCCUCUCCUUUCUACCCACUCACCCUCCUCAAGUCAGUGAGCGUAAGGGUAUUUGGGGACUGGGGAGACCAAGCUGGAGGAGGGGCAGGUCAGCGGAGCUGUGCGCCUCCCGGACAGUUAAGGACACUGGGGGCAAAGUACACCACCUUCUGUCGUGACCGUCGUGACCAGAGCUGCCUCCGAAGUGUCCCUCCAGCAGGUAAUCAUGAGGCACAAAUCAAACGGACCCGGCAACUAUUAACAUCGCUGCCCCCCGAGUUUUGACACGAGUCUAUGGUAACGCAGUUUUGAUUUUCUUCCUCUUUUGUCAGCAGCGUCCAAUUCACCGCCGCCACCAAGACACCCACUGUGCUCUUCAUCAGUUUACCUUGAUGCGCUGGUGAAGAAGGGGGACUCGAAUUAUCCUAGAGACGCCUCCAGGGCGUGGAGGUGGUCGUGGAGGACCAGGAGGAGGCGGCGGAGGGGAAGGAGGCGGGAGUGCAGGCGGCGAAGGUGUUGGACCGGCGGUGUCGGCGAGCGGACCCAGCCGCGAGAGGCAGGCGUCGGGCGCGUACGCGGUGAGCGCGCAGAGCCGGCUGCAGGACCGGCGUGCGAACGCGGCUGGCAGGCUGUGCACCGCGUCCUCAGCACGAUGGUCCGGCUCCUCUUGGUUUUCUUUACAGCGAUCUUUUUAGAGAUGUCCCUUCUCUCCAGAGGCCCCGACAGGAAAGUGUUGCUGGCGGGAGCCUCUUCUCAGCGCUCGGUGGCCAGAAUGGACGGAGAUGUCAUCAUUGGGGCCCUCUUCUCAGUCCAUCACCAGCCUCCAGCCGAGAAGGUGCCCGAGAGGAAGUGUGGGGAGAUCAGGGAGCAGUAUGGUAUCCAGAGGGUGGAGGCCAUGUUCCACACGUUGGAUAAGAUCAACGCGGACCCAGUCCUCCUGCCCAACAUUACCCUGGGCAGUGAGAUCCGGGACUCCUGCUGGCACUCCUCCGUGGCUCUGGAGCAGAGCAUUGAGUUCAUCAGGGACUCCCUGAUUUCCAUUCGAGAUGACAAGGAUGGGCUCAACCGGUGCCUGCCUGAUGGCCAGUCCCUCCCCCUAGGCAGGACUAAGAAGCCCAUUGCUGGCGUGAUCGGCCCAGGCUCCAGCUCCGUAGCCAUUCAAGUGCAGAACCUGCUUCAGCUCUUCGACAUCCCCCAGAUCGCAUAUUCCGCCACAAGCAUCGACCUGAGUGACAAAACUUUGUACAAAUACUUCCUCAGAGUUGUCCCUUCCGACACUUUGCAAGCUAGGGCGAUGCUUGACAUAGUCAAACGUUACAACUGGACCUAUGUCUCUGCAGUCCACACGGAAGGGAACUACGGGGAGAGCGGAAUGGAUGCUUUCAAAGAGCUGGCUGCCCAGGAAGGCCUCUGCAUCGCCCAUUCAGACAAAAUCUACAGCAAUGCUGGGGAGAAGAGUUUUGACCGCCUCCUGCGCAAGCUCCGAGAGAGGCUUCCCAAGGCCCGAGUGGUAGUCUGCUUCUGCGAAGGCAUGACGGUCCGAGGCCUCCUGAGCGCCAUGCGGCGCCUGGGCGUGCUGGGCGAAUUCUCCCUCAUUGGAAGUGAUGGAUGGGCAGACAGAGAUGAAGUCAUUGAAGGUUAUGAGGUGGAAGCCAACGGGGGAAUCACGAUAAAGCUACAGUCUCCAGAGGUCAGGUCAUUUGAUGAUUAUUUCCUGAAGUUGAGGCUGGACACUAACACGAGGAAUCCCUGGUUCCCUGAGUUUUGGCAACAUCGGUUCCAGUGCCGCCUACCAGGACACAUUCUGGAAAAUCCCAACUUUAAAAGAAUCUGCACAGGCAAUGAAAGCUUAGAAGAAAACUAUGUGCAGGACAGUAAGAUGGGGUUUGUCAUCAAUGCCAUCUACGCCAUGGCGCACGGGCUGCAGAACAUGCACCACGCCCUGUGCCCAGGCCAUGUGGGCCUCUGUGAUGCCAUGAAGCCCAUCGAUGGCAGCAGACUCCUGGACUUUCUCAUCAAGUCCACAUUCGUCGGUGUGUCUGGAGAGGAGGUGUGGUUUGAUGAGAAAGGGGAUGCUCCUGGAAGGUAUGAUAUCAUGAAUUUGCAGUACACUGAAGCUAAUCGCUAUGACUAUGUGCAUGUUGGAACCUGGCAUGAAGGGGUAUUAAACAUUGAUGAUUACAAGAUCCAAAUGAACAAGAGUGGAAUGGUACGAUCCGUGUGCAGUGAGCCUUGUUUAAAGGGUCAAAUUAAGGUCAUACGUAAAGGAGAAGUGAGUUGCUGCUGGAUUUGCACAGCUUGCAAAGAGAAUGAGUAUGUGCAAGAUGAAUUCACCUGCAAAGCUUGUGACUUGGGGUGGUGGCCCAAUGCAGACCUAACAGGCUGUGAACCCAUUCCUGUCCGCUAUCUUGAGUGGAGCAAUAUAGAAUCCAUCAUCGCCAUCGCCUUCUCCUGCCUGGGCAUCCUUGUCACCUUGUUCGUCACCCUCAUCUUUGUGCUGUAUCGGGACACACCCGUUGUCAAGUCCUCCAGUCGGGAGCUCUGCUACAUUAUCCUAGCUGGCAUCUUCCUCGGCUAUGUGUGCCCUUUCACUCUCAUCGCCAAACCUACCACCACAUCCUGCUACCUCCAGCGCCUCCUGGUUGGCCUCUCCUCUGCCAUGUGCUACUCUGCUUUGGUGACCAAAACCAAUCGCAUUGCGCGCAUCCUAGCUGGCAGCAAGAAGAAGAUCUGCACCCGGAAGCCCAGGUUCAUGAGUGCCUGGGCCCAGGUGAUCAUCGCUUCAAUUCUGAUUAGUGUGCAGCUAACUCUGGUGGUGACUCUGAUCAUCAUGGAGCCCCCUAUGCCCAUUCUGUCCUACCCAAGUAUCAAGGAAGUCUACCUUAUCUGCAAUACCAGCAACCUGGGUGUGGUGGCCCCUGUGGGCUACAAUGGACUCCUCAUCAUGAGCUGUACCUACUAUGCCUUCAAGACCCGCAAUGUGCCCGCCAACUUCAACGAGGCCAAAUAUAUUGCCUUCACCAUGUACACCACCUGCAUCAUCUGGCUGGCUUUUGUGCCCAUUUACUUUGGGAGCAACUACAAGAUAAUCACUACCUGCUUUGCAGUGAGCCUCAGUGUAACGGUGGCCCUGGGGUGCAUGUUCACUCCCAAGAUGUACAUCAUUAUUGCCAAGCCCGAGAGGAAUGUCCGCAGUGCCUUCACCACCUCUGAUGUAGUCCGCAUGCAUGUUGGCGAUGGCAAGCUGCCCUGCCGAUCCAACACCUUCCUCAACAUCUUCCGAAGAAAGAAACCAGGGGCGGGAAAUGCCAAUUCUAAUGGCAAGUCUGUGUCAUGGUCUGAACCAGGUGGAAGACAGGUGCCCAAGGGACAGCAUAUGUGGCACCGCCUCUCUGUGCACGUGAAGACCAAUGAGACGGCCUGCAACCAAACAGCCGUCAUCAAGCCCCUCACUAAAAGUUACCAAGGCUCCGGCAAAAGCCUGACCUUUUCAGAUACCAGCACCAAGACCCUUUACAACGUGGAGGAGGAGGAUGCCCAGCCGGUGGGCUUCAGCCCUCCCGGCAGUCCUUCCAUGGUGGUGCACCGACGCGUGCCCACCGCGGCCAGCAGCCCGCCCCUGCCGCCCCACCUGACUGCAGAAGAGACCCCCCUCUUCCUGGCCAGCCCGGCCACCCCCAAGGGCUUGCCCCCUCCCCUCCAGCAGUUGCCGCCGCCGCCGCAACCGGCGGAAUCCCUGCUGGACCAGCUGCAGGGCGUGGUCGCCAACUUCGGCCCCGGGAUCCCGGAUUUCAGCGCGGUGCUCGCCGUCUCCGGGGGUCCGGGGAGCGGGCUGCGGUCCCUGUACUCGGCCCCGGCGCCCCCGCAGCACCUGCAGAUGCUCCCGCUGCAGCUGAGCACCUUCGGGGAGGAGCCCGCCUCCUCCCCAGCGGAGGACGAGCACGACAGCGAGAGGUUCAAGCUGCUGCAGGAGUACCUGUACGAGCAGGAGGGCCACACGGAGGAAGACGAGCUGGAGGAGGAAGAGGAGGACCUGCCGGCGGCCGGCAAACCGACCUCGGAAGACUCGCCCGCGCUGACGCCGCCGUCGCCCUUCCGCGACUCGGUGGCCUCGGGCAGCUCGGUGCCCAGCUCCCCCGUGUCCGAGUCGGUGCUCUGCACCCCGCCCGACGUCACCUACGCCUCCGUCAUCCUGAGGGACUACAAGCAAAGCUCCUCCACCCUGUAGGGGGGCGGGGUCCGCAGGGAACAGCAGGGGCCGCCGGGGCGCAGGAGCGCCGGCGGGGCGUGCGGAGGACGGGGGGCAGGGGCC